AGCAAAGUGUUUUCUUUUUUCGCCGAGUUGUGUGUUUUUACUGAAGUUUUGUGGAAUUUUUGUGUAAAAAUUGUGAAAAAUUAACAAUUUUCCAGGAUGUCGGCUUCUAUAGAAAUACCUCUUCGUGAUACUGAUGAGGUUAUAGAAGUGCAUCCCGACCAGUUGCCAGAAUGCCAAGAGGUCUUGAGCAUUUUAAGACAAGAACGUUCACAAUUAAAUACAUGGGUUAAUGUGGCGUUGGCUUACUACAAGCAGAAUAAAACUGAUGAUUUCAUACGUUUGCUGGAAACCGCAAAAACUGAUGGAAACAAAGACUAUAGGGACUAUGAAAAAGAUCAAAUGCGUUGUUUUGAUAUGUUGGCCGCCCAUUAUGUACAGGAAGCCAAUCGUGAAAAGUCAAAGGAUAAGAAAAGAGAAUUAUUUAUGAAGGCCACAAAUUUGUAUACCACUGCUGACAAAAUUAUCAUGUAUGACCAGAACCACUUGUUGGGUAGAGCCUACUUUUGCCUUUUAGAGGGUGAUAAAAUGGAACAGGCGGAUGCUCAAUUUAAUUUUGUCUUGAAUCAAUCGCCCUCUAAUAUUCCUUCACUUUUGGGCAAAGCCUGUAUUGCUUUCAAUAAAAAAGACUAUCGCGGUGCUUUGGCUUUCUAUAAAAAAGCUUUACGUACUAAUCCCAAUUGUCCUGCUAAUGUUCGCAUGGGUAUGGGUCAUUGUUUUCUGAAAAUGAAUAAUCAGGAUAAAGCGAAAUUAGCUUUUCAACGUGCUUUGGAAUUGGAUCCCAAUUGUGUGGGCGCUUUAAUAGGUUUGGCUAUACUAAAGCUUAAUCUUCAUGAACCAGAAUCGAAUAAAAUGGGUGUUCAAAUGUUAUCGAAGGCUUAUACUAUUGAUUCAACGAGUCCAAUGGUCUUAAAUCAUUUGGCCAAUCAUUUCUUCUUCAAAAAGGAUUACCAGAAAGUUCAACAUUUAGCCUUGCACGCUUUUCACAACACCGAAAACGAAGCUAUGCGUGCUGAAAGUUGUUAUCAAUUGGCUAGAAGUUUUCAUGCUCAAUGCGAUUACGAUCAAGCUUUUCAGUACUAUUAUCAAUCAACCCAAAUAGCUCCAGCUAAUUUUGUGCUGCCUCAUUAUGGGUUGGGCCAGAUGUACAUAUAUAGAGGAGAUACUGAAAAUGCCGCCCAAUGUUUUGAAAAAGUAUUAAAAAUCCAGCCAGGCAACUAUGAAACCAUGAAAAUUCUUGGAUCUCUCUAUGCCAAUUCAAAUUCGCAAACAAAACGUGACAUGGCUAAGGCACAUUUGAAAAAAGUCACCGAACAAUUUCCAGACGAUGUUGAAGCCUGGAUUGAAUUGGCACAAAUUCUAGAACAAAAUGAUUUACAAGCCUCACUCAGUGCCUACGCCACAGCUUCGAAUAUAUUAACGGAAAAAGUUAAAGUUGAAAUACCAGCAGAAAUCCUUAAUAAUGUUUCGGCUUUACAAUACCGCAUGGGAAAUUUGAAAGUUGCAAAAGAACGUUUAAUGGAGGCAUUGGAACGGGCAAAAUCCGAAGCACCAAAUGAUACACAAUAUUAUGAUUCGAUAUCGGUGACCAUGACAUAUAAUUUGGCACGUUUAAAUGAGGCCAUGAGCUGUUUUGAUGUGGCCGAUAAAUUGUAUAAAGAUAUUUUAAAGAAACAUCCCAACUAUAUUGAUUGUUAUUUGCGCUUGGGUUGUAUGGCAAGAGAUAAAGGUUUAAUUUUUGUGGCAUCCGAUUUCUUUAAGGAUGCUUUGAAUAUAAACAAUGAUAAUCCAGAUGCCAGAUCUCUAUUGGGUAAUUUGCAUUUGGCCAAAAUGCAGUUUGCUUUAGGUCAGAAAAAUUUCGAAACUAUUUUAAAGAAUCCAGCAACAUCACAGGAUGCUUAUUCUCUUAUUGCUUUGGGUAAUUUUUCAUUGCAAACACUACAUCAGCCCAUUAAGGAUAAAGAAAAGGAAAGAAAACAUCAAGACAAGGCCUUGACCAUCUAUAAACAAGUUUUACGCAAUGAUCCACGCAACAUUUGGGCCACUAACGGUAUAGGAGCUGUUUUGGCCCAUAAAGGUUGUGUCAUCGAAGCUCGUGACAUAUUCGCUCAAGUACGUGAAGCCACGGCCGAUUUCAGUGAUGUCUGGUUAAAUAUUGCCCACAUAUAUGUGGAACAAAAGCAAUAUAUCAGUGCCAUACAAAUGUACGAAAAUUGUAUGAAAAAAUUCUAUAAACAUCAUAAUGUUGAGGUGAUGCAAUAUUUAGCUCGGGCUUAUCUAAGAGCCAAUCGUCUUAAAGAGGCCAAAAUGGUGUUACUUAAAGCUAGAAGAGUAGCUCCACAAGACACGGUUUUAUUAUUCAAUAUUGCUGUCGUUUUGCAACGUUUGGCCAUGGCUAUAUUGAAAGAUGAAAAAUCCACUUUGGAAAUUGUAUUGCAAGCUGUACAUGAAUUGGAAUUGGCACAAAAAUAUUUCCAAUAUCUAUCGGUUCAUGGCGAUAAAACUCGUUUCAAUAUUGAGGUGGCCGGUUUGGAGGCCAAUCAAUGUCAAGAUUUGUUAUCACAAGCUCAGUAUCAUGUCUCUAGAGCACGUCGCAUUGACGAAGAGGAGAAAACUCUUAAACGCAAACAGGAAGAGGAACGUUUGGCCUUUAAAAUGCGCCAGGAAGAAGAACGUAAACGUCGCGAAGAUAUGCUUAAAUCAUCACGUGAACAAAUGUUGGCCAAACGUCAAGAGUAUGUUGAAAAGACCAAGAAUUUAAUUAUGACUCUCGAAGUUCCACAGGAAAAAGAACGCAAAAAGGGAGGAGGCAGACCACGCAAGGAUGAUAUUGUUACUGAUUCAGAUGGCAGUGACGCUCCUAGAGAGGGUGUUGAACGUCCACCCAAACAAAAGAAGAAAGGUGGUGGUGGUGCUCGUAAACGCAAGGCUGUUAAUUAUGAUAGUGACAGUGAUGGCGGUGGCGGUGAAGGACGCAAAGAAAAGAAACAAAAGAAGAAGACAAAACUUAGCAAAAAGGUGGAGGAAAAACUUUCCGCCAAACAGCGUAUGAAGAUCGUUUCUAAAGCCACAAUAUCCACCAGUGAAUCGGAUAGUGAUGGCGGCGGCAGUGGUGCACCCAAACGUAAACGCAGUAUCAGCCGUUCCGGUAGUGGCAGCGGCAGUGGUAGCGGUAGUGCUUCAGAUGCCAGUGCUGGCAGUAUUAAACGUUCACGCAAACGCAUAGUCUCCGGCAGUGAUUCGGAUCGUUCAAAAUCCCGAUCAGUUUCAAGAUCUCGAUCACGUUCUCGCUCUGGGACACGCUCGAAAUCAGGUAGCCGUUCACGCAGUCGUUCCAGAUCAAAAUCCGGCAGUCGUUCACGUUCUCGUUCGGUUAGCCGCUCUAAAUCCCGUUCAAAAUCUGGUUCCAGGUCACGUUCAAACUCAAAGUCCGGUUCGGAUCGUAGUCGUUCAGCUACACCCGAAAGUAAUUAGAUUUAUGCGUUUAAAUAUUGAAAUAUGUAUGUAGAGUUUUAUUUUUUUUUAAUCUCCUAACUUAAUACACACUACUUUAUAUUUUAAAUAAAUGUUUUUUGUUUGAAUACAAAAAAAGUUUA